GGAUUUCCGGUGAGGUAUGAGGAGGGAAAAUCUAAACAUUCUGUCAAACGCCCCUUCAGAAACUCCUUAGCUAGGCUACUUCUUUCUGUCGGCUACAGGUGUAUUUGAAGCGAAAAUCGACAUAGUAUUUUGUCCAGAGCGAGAGAAUGCAGAGGACCUCACGUCUGAAGCGCGAGUUGCAGAUGCUUAGCAUGGAGCCUUCACCGGGGAUCACUUGCUGGCAGACCGAGGGGAAGAUGGACGAGCUCCGGGCCCAAAUAGUGGGUGGAGCUGAGACUCCGUUUGAAGGAGGAGUCUUCUUACUGGAGAUUAUAGUUCCAGACAGGUAUCCCUUUGAGCCCCCUAAGAUGAGGUUCCUGACACCCAUCUACCACCCCAACAUAGACAACAAUGGUCGCAUCUGUCACGACGCCCUCAAACUACCACCCAGGGGUGCGUGGAAACCUUCCCUGAACAUCUCCACAGUGCUCACCUCCAUACAGCUGCUGAUGGCUGAGCCCAACCUGGACGACCCACUCAUGGCUGACAUAUCCUCCGAGUUGAAAUACAGCAAGCAGGUUUAUCUGGAGAAGGCCAAGAGGUGGACAGAGCAACACGCUGUACAGAGCAACAAGGGUGGUGUGGUGGAGACCGUGGACAGUGUAGAAGCUCAGCUCCAGCCGUCGACCCUCAAGAGAGAAGCUCAGGACAAGACAGAGGAUCAACCCAAGAGAACAUGUCUGUAACACGUCUCACAUCUCUGUCUCUUUGUGUUGGUAACAGUAAUUACGUCACUUUGACUUUUUAAGUGUUUGAGAUUUUCCCUUUAUAUAGUUAUGUACAGACUAAGGCUGGGAUUCAUUCAUAGCAAUGUUUAGGCAGUAUCUUUAUUUACAGUAUUCAUCCCGUGUUCAUCCCGUGUAACUCUGAAAGUGAAAGUAUACCUGUGGAGAGGGGUCGACGUGGUCGUAGGGUUUUAUAAAGUACCAAUAUGGGAGUUCAUUUGACCGUUGGAGAAAAAGAGCUGCUUGUUGAAAUAAUGUCAUGCUGCUUACUUUCAUUAGUUUCUUCUUUUCUUAUUAAAAUAUGUUUUGAAGCUGA